AUGUACGCUUGCUAUAAAGAAAGUUAUCCUCCAACUGCUGUUAAUCAUUGCUUAGCUUGCCAUUUUUAUUCCUCGGAUCGAUUAAAUCUUUUAACAGCAGGUCCAACAUGCAUCCGUGUAUAUGAUAUCAUUAAGGACCAAGAAGACAUCGAUUUAGAUAAUAGAAGUGAUAAUGCUGACAAUCACCUUAACAAAGACAAUAAACUCCAUCCUGAAUUAGAAUUCCUAGCCAGCUAUUCCUUUUAUGGCAAAAUUUAUGGCAUAGAAUCUGUACGAUUUCGACAUCAUCAUCGUGAUUCGCUAUUUAUUUGUUUUGCCGAUGCUAAGCUAUCACUUGUAGAAUAUGACGCUGAUAAUAGCAAUUUAACAACGUUAUCACUGCAUACAUUCGAAGAUGACGAAUUAAAGAACGGAUUUUCUCGCAAUCUUUCUAUACCUAUCAUUCGAGUUGAUCCUGAUAAUCGAUGUGCUGCCAUGGUUGUCAGUAACGUACAUCUUGCAAUAUUACCUUUUCGACAUCGAGGACCAGCAGAACAGCAAGUACAAAUUGAUCCUAAAAAUACAAGUGGCAAGUAUCCUUUGAUGCCGUCGUAUGUUGUUGAUGUACGCGAUUUGGGUAACGAAAAAGUUAGUCGGCUUAUCGAUAUUCGCUUUCUCGAAGGUUAUUACGAACCUACAAUAUUAAUCUUGUGUGAAAUACUUCGUACAUGGUCUGGACGUGUUGCCGUUAGACAAGAUACAUGUUCAAUAUUGGCUGUAUCACUAAAUACUAUUGAUAAAGUCCAUCCUGUUAUUUGGUCAUUGAAUAACUUACCCUUUGACUGUUUGGGUGCAAUUACUGUUCCAAGACCUAUAGGUGGUGUACUGAUAUUUGCUGCUAAUUGCUUGCUGCACUUAAAUCAAAGCAAACCUCCAUAUGCAGAAUCUCUUAAUAGCAUCACCGAUGAAUCGACCACCUUUCCUAUGCAUGAUGCUGAUCUAGCGCCAAAUACUCCAGAAACGCAAGAUACUGAUGAACCAACAUCGAAGAAAUUACGAACGGACGACGAAAAGGAAGAUGAAGAAUUGGAGAAAUUGUAUAGUGCUCAUACCAGUUGCACUGCUAAAGAAUCCUAUUUGCGGUCAUAUACUUUUGAGGUUUGCGACAGAAUUCUCCACGUUGGUCCGUGUGCAAGUAUAGCAAUUGGUCAAAUAUCAACUUUUGUACAAGAAGAGUCCGAUGUAGAAGUUGUAAUAUGCUCUGGUCAUGAUAAGAAUGGUGCUUUGUCGGUACUGAAUAAAGGCAUUAAGCCGCAAGUUGUUGCGUCUUACGACUUACCAGGAUGUGUUGAUAUGUGGACUGUAAAAGAUAUUCGAUUAAACGAUGAAAAUGAUGGUGAUUUUGAAACUGAAAAUACUCACAAAUUUUUGAUUAUUAGCCGGGACAAUUUGACCAUGAUUUUACGUACGGGCAAAGAAAUAACCGAAGUAGAACAGCUUGGAUUUUUGACUCAGACGAAAACUGUAUUUGCUGGCAAUUUAGACAACGGCAACUGCAUUAUUCAAGUAACACCCUACGAAGUGAUUCUCGUCUCUAAAGGAGAAAAGAUACAACAAUUAGAAUUAGAAAAUGAGAGCCCGAUAGUAUUUUGUUCCUUGCAAGAUCCUUACAUUUCUCUGUUGUUAGAGGGUGGUAGUAUCAUGAUGUUAGCUUUUGAAUUAAGCGAUAACGGAGAAAAACAAGUAAAGUUGGUCAACACGACUCCGCUAAAUCAUUCUAGAAUAGCGGCUUGCUGCCUAUUUCAAGACAACAAUGGUAGGAUGUCAGUUUCUGAUGGUAUAUCAAUACGUACUCCAAGCCCAACGAAUGAACCUGCAGAAUUGAUGGAAGAUGAAAAAUUUACCAUUGACGAUGAUGAAUUAUUGUAUCUUGAUGUCAAUGAUACUAACCUUCAAACAAAUGAUGUACCAGUCGCAUCGACAUCUUACACAGAUAAUUUGGAGCGAAAAGUUAGCUACUGGUUAUUCUUAUGUUUAGAUAAUGGAAAACUAGAGGUCUACUCAAUUCCAUCUUAUGAUAAAGUUUAUACUGUAAAUGGCUUUGCUCUUGCUCCUUUGAUAUUAGCUGCUACUAGUGAUGAUGAAGAUAGCUACAGUAAUACUGAUGGCGUUCGAUCUACUGGUAAUAUGCCUCACGUUAAUGAGAUUUUGGUGGUUGGGAUGGGCUACGAACAGAGAAAGAUCUUGAUUGUAGUACCUCAUGAAAUUCAGCUAACAGAAACUAGAGCUCCAGCUGGAGGCAGCAUGGGACUGUCAACUUUAGUUGAUGGAUAUGUUAAGUGCUUUGCACCAUUUAACAUUGCAAACUGCCCUAACGGCUUUCUAUAUUUCAACAGUGAGGAAGAUCUUAGAAUCUGUGUGUUAGACCAACGCUUUACAUAUGAUUGUCCAUGGCCGGUUCAUAAAGUUCCAUUAAGAAAUACCCUACAUUUUAUUACACAUCAUUUUGUCACUAAAACUUACGUGAUUAUUUCAAGUACGAUGACUGUAUGCGAGAAAAUGCCUCAUAUCACAACUGAAGAUAAGGAGUUUAUUCCAGUAGAAAAAGGCGACAGAUUUAUUCACGCUCCAGUCGAAAAAUUUUGCUUACAGUUAAUAACCUCAGAAACAUGGGAGAUUAUUCCAGAUGCAGAAAUUCAGAUGGCAGAAUGGGAACACGUAACUUGCCUUAAAAGUGUUAAACUAAAGAGUGAAGAAACAGUCAGCGGUUUGAAAGAGUUUAUUGCUGUUGGAACAACAAAUGUUUGUGGCGAAGAGGUUGCCUGCCGUGGCCGGAUUGUAAUUUUUGACGUUAUUGAAGUUGUUCCUGAACCUGGAAAACCGUUAACAAAGAACAAAAUCAAGACCUAUUACGACAAAGAACAGAAAGGUCCUGUUACCGCUAUUACAUGUGUUGAGGGCUUCUUAGUGACGAGUAUUGGUCAGAAGAUUUAUAUAUGGGAGUUUCGGGAUAAUAAAGAUCUUAUCGGUAUGGCGUUUAUCGAUACUCUAAUUUAUAUACACUCCUUGGAUCGCCAUCAAUUAGAAAUAUUUAAUACCAAUUUUUAUGUAAAUAAAAAUCAGUUAGGAUUUGUAGCUCCUGAAAGUCAUGGCGGUCAAUUUUUAGUUAGACGUGCUGAAAUUCAAACAGGAAGUAACGCACAUGCAUUUUUCAGGACCAAAGUACGGGCAUUAAAUCAAAGACAGAACGAGAAUAAGCACAUAACUUGGUUUGGUACACUUGAUGGUAGUAUUGGAUUACUUUUACCGGUAGAUGAAAAAGAAUAUCGACGUUUGUUUAGUUUACAGGCGAAAUUAUCUAUAUAUCUUGAGCAAAAUGCUGGAUUAAACCAAAAAGCUUUUAGAACUUUUCGAUCUCAUCAAAAAAAGUUACAAAAUUCGAUGAGAAAUAUAUUAGAUGGUGAUCUCUUAAAACGUUACUUCCAUCUUGGCUUCGUUGAAAGGAGGGAUUUAGCUAAACAAAUAAUGUCUACGCCUGAGCAGAUCAUCAAUGAUCUAACGAAGUUGGAAUUGUCGACGAUUUAA